GCAAAUAAUUUCUUCCACUUCUUCACUUUUUUUCCUCUUCUAUCUAAAAUCCCCCUAUAAGACAAAAUAUUAAAAUAAAUAAAAAGAAAAGAAAUUGAAGUCCCAUUAUCACAUAUUCACAAACACCUCUGCUUAAUCGUAUCUUUUGCUGGUUUGCUGAAUUUUCAAGCCCUGCACACAGUUUCUGCUACAAAACAUGUGAUUUUCGAGGUUUUUCUCAUCUGGGUUCUUCCAUUUUCAUGCUAAUAUCAAGUUAAUUCGUCGAAUUUCGAAGAUAAAAAAUGGAUCUUGGAGUGAAACCUAUGUCUUACACAAGUUCGAAUGUUUCGUUGAAGUCCGGCGACGGCGUUUCCGACAUGUUUCCGGCGGGUCUCAGGGUGCUCGUCGUAGACGAUGACCCCACUUGUUUGAGGAUCUUGGAAAAGAUGCUCAAAAAUUGUUUGUAUGAAGUCACAACUUGCAAUCGAGCGGAACUCGCAUUGAAAUUUCUCAGGGACAACAGAAACGGAUACGAUGUUGUAAUAAGUGAUGUACACAUGCCCGACAUGGACGGUUUUAAGCUUCUAGAACAUAUCGGGCUCGAAAUGGAUCUCCCGGUUAUCAUGAUGUCGGCGGAUGAUAGCAAAAGCGUUGUAAUGAAGGGAGUUACACAUGGUGCGUGUGAUUAUCUGAUAAAACCGGUUCGAAUGGAGGCAUUGAAGAACAUAUGGCAGCAUGUGGUGAGAAAAAAGAAGUACGAGUUUAAAGAUAAAGAUUACGAACAAUCGGGGAGUGUCGAUGAAUUGGACAGGCAGCAAAAACCGAACAAUAAUGAAGAUUUAGAUUAUUCCUCUUCAGCGAACGAAGGAAAUUGGAAAAAUUCCAAGAGAAGGAAGGAAGAAGAAGAUGAAGGAGAUGAAAGAGACGAUUCUUCGACUUUGAAAAAACCGAGAGUUGUUUGGUCGGUUGAGCUGCAUCAGCAGUUUGUAACCGCGGUUAAUCAUCUCGGAAUUGACAAGGCCGUUCCUAAGAAAAUCCUCGAAUUAAUGAAUGUUCCGGGCCUUACAAGAGAGAACGUCGCAAGCCAUCUGCAGAAAUAUCGGUUAUAUCUUAGAAGGCUCAGUGGUGUACAGCACCAAAACGGGCUAACAAACUCUUUUAUGGGACCUUCCGAUAUGCCCUUCGGACAAAUGUCUUCACUCAACGGGGUUGACUUUCAAGCCCUAGCUGCCUCCGGUCAACUCCCGCCACAAAGCCUAGCCACAAUCCAAGCCGCUGCACUUGGUAGGGGCCCCACCAAAUCCUCGAUACCUCUACCACUUGUUGACCAAAGAAACAUUUUCAGCUUCGAAAACCCAAAGGCAAGAUUCGUCGAAAGUCAAAGUCAAAGUCAAACUCAACAACAUAUCAAGCAAGUCAACCUACUCCACGGAAUCCCGACAAACAUGGACUCGAAGCAGCUGGCUUCUCUACACCAAUCGGCACAGUCAUUCAACAACAUGAACAUGCACAACCAUGUCAUGCAAAUGUCGGGUCAAGGUCAAGGUCAACCGCAAUCAAGAAGUCAAAUCUUGAACGAAAUCAACGUCUCGGAUCUCCCCUCUUCAUCUUCGUCAUCUGUAAUAAGCCAACCCGUUUUGUCGCAGGCGAAUAUUCCCACUUCUUUCUUGGGCCGGAACGGAAUAAUAGCUUCUCUUCCACAGCCAUCCACCGUUGUUGACUUUUCGAGUCAAACCACAGAUUUCGCUGGGAGUAAUAAUAAUAUUAAUAACAAUAAUAAUAACAAUAAUAGCUUCUCAUCGAAAGGUUCCGGAGAGUUUGUUCCCAGCUAUGAUGUUUUUAACGAUCUGUAUCAGAAUAACCGACCACAAGAUUGGCGUGUGCAAAACGUACAAGGAGGGCUCGAUGUUUCGCCUUCGGUUUUGGUUCAGCAAAGGUUUACUACUUCUAAUCAGAAGAGCGUUGGUCAAAACAGGGGUUUGUCUGUAAUUAAUAAUAAUAUUAAUAAGACAGCUUACUCGGAAAUCGGUCAGCAGAUAAACUCGUCUUUAUCCGACAAUCAGUUAAGGAUCAAGGCUGAAAGAUUACCCGACAUGGGCUUCCAAAACGGAAUCUUUCCUCACGAACAACACUUCGGCCAAGAAGAUCUGAUGAGUGCAUUUCUCAAACAGCAGCAAGAAGGCGUGGGGUCCGUUGAAAACGAGUUUGGAUUCGAUGGUUACCAUUUGGAUAAUCUUCCUGUGUAAAGUGCGGUCUGUUUUGCUGUAGCUAGUUUGAUUUUUCGAAGCACUUUGUACAUAGCUGUAGUUUUUUUACAGCUGGAAUUAACCUGUUAAAGAUCAAGGGCUGGGAAUUUUUCGUUUUCUUUUUCUUUUUUCGGUUUUUCGUUUUCUUGGAUGAACUGUGAUUGAAGGUGAAGAAGAUAUAUGUGCAUGAAUGAUACUAGCGCGUGAUAUGCGAAGCAUUACCAUGCGAAAUUUUUGGUUGCUUUUAGCUUUUAGGUGAUUUCUAGUAUGAAUGAAAUAUUCUUGUUUUAGCUUU